CGGAUUUCUUAUGAUCAUAGUGGUCAUAGAGUUACUGGUCACCAUCUAUGUGGCGGUGCAGAGGUACGGUCUGGAGUUCCGUGUGGCGGAUUGGUUGCGAGAGGACUUCUUCAAGAAUAUUACUGGAGAGGAGGUCGAGCACAAGCAGUUGUGGGACCAGCUUCAGAGUUCUUACGAAUGCUGUGGUCUGAAUGGGCCAGAAGACUAUCAUGCUUUGCGGAAACCAGUCAGCAUAUCGUGCUGUGCGAAAGCUUUUCGCGCUAGAAACGAUUUUGCAAAACAAAUGCUUUAUAGAUCUUGCUUGGAGUCUGCAAGCUACUUCUCCGAUGGCUGCGAAGAUGAAAUCUUGGAGGUGCUACGAUCAGAUGCUGAAUGGUUAUUCGGUGUUGCUAUCACCAGUUUCUGGUUUGAAGCAGCGGGAAUGCUUCUAGCGAUGUGGGUUGCGAAUAAUGAAAGAUGUAAGAUAGAAGUCUAUACUCACACUGUGAGAUAUUAGUAAAUAAUAAAUAUGUUGUGUAAAUAAACGAUUUGAUAG